UUCUCUGCCAGGAAUUCCAUUGUGACGGCUUGCUGUGUGUGGGUGUGUGGGUGUUUGUGUGUGUGUGUUUUUCCUCAGUGCUCUCUGUUGAAGAACUUCCUGUGCUUAUGUCCUGUACAUGAGCAAAUAGACACGCUGAGUCUUGGGUCACGGUGUUCUUUUUGAACUGCAAUGGGUUACAGAAGGUGUUGUGACAGAGGCAAGAAAGUAAAAGCCCUCGGUUGCUUCACUCUGUUCAAACAUCCACUCCCGUUCCUGUCUCUGUGGUGUGAGUUGACCAGUCGUCGCAGAAGGAACAUUCUUUUUCCUCUUUGAUUUUUUUCUCUUAUCGAUUCCAGCCCUGACCUGCGCCCGGAGAAGAAAAUGAAAUAUAACUGACGACUACUCAGGGACACAAAGGCAGCUUUAAAUUGACUUCAACCUUGUUUCCCUUUAAUGUUCCCCCAAUGCUUUAUUGAUUUCUACACACACACACACACACACAUUUAGUAUGCACAUACAUAUAGUGUGUGUGUGUGUGUGUGUGUGUGUGUGUAAGAUAAUAAUAGUGUUAUUCACACCUAAUAUAAACGUCUCUGUUAAAGUAUGGUGUGUUUCUAUAAACACACUCAUGGCCUGAGUGCUAAUGCUAUCGUGUGUAUCCCCAGUGAUGACAGAGGGCACAGAGGCUACAACAUCUAUGUGCUAGGAGCCGAGAGACAGAUGGGCCAGGAGCAGAAGAGUGUGUGUGUGUGUGUGUGUGUGUGUGUGUGUGUGUGUCUGCCUGCCUGCCUCACACAAAACUCCAUUUUUGUCUGCGCCUGCAGUUGUCCUCCCAAAAUAACCUCCAUUCCACAGGACCUUAUAUGUGCAGGGGGUGCUCCUGUGCUCGUAGGCAGAGGAGGGGAGUCCAGGCCGCACAAUACACACGGCAGCUUGACUGCACAAGGCCCCUGCUACUACUACUGCUACUGCUACUAUUAUUACUAUUACUAUUACUGCUACUGCUACUACUACUGCUACCGCUGCUACUGCCACCGCUGCUGCUGCCAUUGGUGGGGAAGCUCCUCCAUCUCCCGCCCAAUCAGAGCCAUGCACCUGACGGAGCUGAACAGGGAGUGCCUGCUGCACCUCUUCUCCUUCCUGGACAAGGAGAGCCGGCGGAGCUUGUCUCUGAGCUGCUGGAGGAUGCGGGAGGUGUUCCUGGAGCCGGGCCUGUGGACGCUGCUGCGCUUCGGCUCGCCCGCGGAGCUGCGGCGGGGAAACUUUGUGCUGGGCGCCGCGCUGCGCCACCUGGCCGUGUGCUGGCACUCCAGCCGCGUGAAGGUGUGCAACGUGGAGGAGUGGAUGAAGAGCAGCUUCCAGAAGGAUCUGUGCAGGAAGCACGAGAGCCUGGUCAGCAGCUUCCUGGAACGUGUCUGCCACAUGUGUCCAAACCUCCUCUCCCUGACCCUGUCUGGCUGUGGCCACAUCACAGACUCUGACAUUGUGAGCGUGUUGCGCUGCUGCCGUCGCCUGCGGAGGCUGCGCCUGGAGAACUGCUCGCGGGUGACGGACGCUGUGCUGCGUGCCGCAGCGCUCCACGGCGGGAGCCUGGAGGAGGUGCGGGUGGACUUCUGUCGCAACGUCAGCCGCUCCGGGCUGCAGGCGCUCCGCGAGAGCCGGCCGGAGCUGGUGCUGGGUGCGGAGCGGAGCGCCGAGAUGAUCCCGGACACCAGGCCAGAGGACCGGCCGCACGUCCGCCGAGCGCUGCAGAAGGUCCUGCUGUACGUCUGAGACCCAAAACAAGAGAGCAGAACAGAACCAAACUGGACCCAGAGCAAGAGAGCAGAACAGACUGGACCCAGAACAAGAGAGCAGACCAGAACCAGACUGAGAUCCAGAACAUGAGAGCAGAACAGAACCAAACUGAGACCCACAGCAAGAGAGCAGAACAGAACCAGACUGGACCCAGAACAAGAGAGGAGGCUGCACUGAAGACGAGUGUUUUGGGAACAAACUGUACUAUCAAUAGAGACCAGAUAACUAAGGAUUGUUUUUUACAAUUUUUAAGGGGACAUUAUCAGAGACAGGUUUAAGCUGUGUGUGUGUGUGUGUUUGUGUGUGUUUUACAGAUAGAUUUGUAUGAUCUUUAUGUUUUUUUAUUGUAAUGUUUUUUGAUGAUUUAUUAUUAUUUGUUUGACCAUACAUGUGAAAGCCUAUUUGUGUUUGACUUUCUAACAUAAAAACUGAUCUGCUGUU